AUGUACGGCGCUGUGCUUGGUGACCUGAGAGAAGGCCUUGGCGCUAGUGCGAGUGCCGAUGCCUUCUCAAACAGGGUUUUUAUUGAACAAAGGCGUUGGUUUAGAAAAGUUUCAAGAAAGACUGAAAGAGCCGAAGCGGAGGCCUGGAGGCACAAUGGGUCAAGAAAUCCCAUUGCAGAAUCUGCUCCCUUUUCUCGUAUCCGCAUACUGAAAAAGCUGUACAAACCUUUUCUAUUCACUGUUGGGUUUUCAGGUUGUUCUUUUGGAGCUGCUGCAAUCUGGCAAUAUGAGUCCUUAAAAAAUCGAAUGAAGAAUUAUCUAGAUGACGUUCGAGCAGACUGGCUGGAAAAGCUACGUCCAGCCAAACAUGGGGACUUCAGGAAGCAGGUGAAUGAGUGGUACAACAGUCUGAGUGAUGGACAGAAGACUGUGUCAGGAAUAAUUGCAGCUAACCUUCUUGUAUUCUGCCUUUGGAGAGUACCCAACAUCCAGCGAACAAUGUUUCGAUACUUUACUUCCAACCCUGCAUCUCAGAAUCUCUGCUUUCCCAUGAUUCUUUCCACGUUUAGCCAUUUCUCUCUGUUCCAUAUGGCUGCAAAUAUGUAUGUAUUAUGGACAUUUUCAUCCAGUAUUGUUUCUAUUCUGGGCCAGGAGCAAUUUUUGGCACUGUACAUGUCAGCAGGAGUUGUGUCUACAUUUGCAAGCUAUGUGUGCAAAGCAGCCACUGGACGCUUUGGCCCAUCCCUUGGUGCUUCUGGAGCAAUCAUGACAAUCCUUGCCAUGGUGUGUACCAAGAUGCCGGAAGCCAAACUUGCCCUCAUUUUCCUACCUAUGUUUACAUUUACAGCAGGAAAUGCUCUCAAGGUUAUCCUUGCUUUGGAUUCUAUGGGUUUGGUACUGGGCUGGAAGUUUUUUGAUCAUGCAGCUCAUCUUGGAGGAGCACUUUUUGGAAUCUGGUAUGCCUUGUACGGACAUGAGCUUAUCUGGAAAAAGAGAGAACCUUUAGUGAAAAUUUGGCAUGAGUUCCGAAGUAAUCCCCCAAGAAGUGGAGGAUCAUGACAUUCAAAGGCAUCAGAGCAACAGUGUGGCCAACAUGAAUACAUGGUGUCUCCAGUACUAAUCUGGAUAUAUGUUUUCAUUAUUGCAUUGUAAAUGUUUGUGA